UUGAACCAGCGCUUGUCAGCUUUGUUGGGAGGGGCCAGCUCACUAAUGAGCUGAGCUGCUGGCCUCGGUCCUCUGAACAACAUGCCUGUGCCUUGCAACAGCUCCAGGCUUGCAUGCACCCAGAAUAACUCACGACAAAGUAAUGUAGACUUUUGGUAUCUGCGAUGAACUUGGAAACUAAUCCGCUGUCCUCAUUGGUCGCCAGACAUGAAGAGAUCGCGACCAGUUUCAAGAGCCUGAAUGGGGUGAAGCCGAGGAAGGACAUAACGGUACCACACCGGGCGGAUUAGCCUCAGCCUGCUAACGUCAACACUGAGCAAAACACUAGUGCGACUAGUCGUCAGCCAUGGAGUGGCUAACUUUGUCCAAGUACUCUUGGUUUGACUUUGUGUUCUCCGUGGUCGGGGUGUGCACCUUCUUGUUUGACUGGGGGUCCGACGUGUGGGUCGCCACGGAGUUUUAUUCCCGCGGGGAUUUCUUCUGGUUCGGGGUGCUGGUCGGCUGGAUGCUCCUGUCCUCUAUCGUGGUCCAAAUGUUCAGCUGGUUCUGGUUUGAGUACGACCGGGACUCGGAGGGGUCCUGCGCUGACACGAAAAACGUUCUCUUCGGCGACCACGUUAAAAUCUCUUGUCUACUUCACGUACUCCAACUCGGCUUCUUUUGCAGGCACAUCUCAGCCAUCUGGCAUGGCUUCCGGGUGUGGUGGCGCAAGGAGCAGGGCGCAGAGUACGCCGUGUACCUGACCCAUGACCUCAGCAUGCUCCGACUCAUCGAGACUUUCUGCGAGAGCGCGCCCCAGCUCACCCUCAUGACCUACAUCAUGCUACACACCAACCAGGCCAGAACCGUACAAUGUGUGAGUGUGGCGGCCUCCACCACCUCCAUCGUGUGGAUGGUGGUGGACUACCACCGCUGCCUGCGCUCCUUCCUGCCCGACAAGGCCAACCAGGGCUGGGGCUCGGCGGCCGUCUACUUCCUGUGGAACCUGCUGCUGAUCGCGCCGCGCGUGGCGGCCGUGGCGCUCUUCGCCUCCGUCCUGCCCCGCGCCGUGGGCGCCCACUUCCUGCUGCUGUGGCCGGCGCUGGCGCUGUGGGCGUGGCUCCAGCGGACGGACUUCAUGGAGAGCGCGGGCGGCGAGUGGCUGUACCGCGCCACGGUGGGGCUCAUCUGGUACUUCAGCUGGUUCAACGUCAGCGAGGGCCGCACGCGGGGGCGGAGCCUCAUCUACCACGGCUUCAUGGCGACCGACGGGCUGGUGCUGGGGGCCACCUGGUGGGCGUACCGCGACCCCGCGCUGACGCGGCCGUACGACCGCGCCCUGGCCGCCGCGCUGCCCGCCUCCUACCUCGCGGGGCUGGCGCUCAAGGCCCUCUACUACUACCACUUCCACCCCAAGUUGGGCCCCCGCAGGCCCCCCCUGGGGCUGGCCCUGGAGGUGCCCGACAGCGGGGCCGUGGGAUUCAGGACCUUCGCCCCCGACCAGGAAGGCGUCUCCUCGCCGCCGCCGCCGUUGCGCAACGCCAGGAUGUACCGACACGCCGCACAUUUCUACUCGGCAGAGGGAGGGAUGAGUGAGGGGGGAGGACAUGAGGCGUGCGCCGCGGUUGUCAUAUGAACGGCGGUGAGGUUUGGAGGGGAAGUGGCGCUGCUGCCCUGUGGAAUGCUGGGAAACAACAUGCCAUCCAGGGUCGCCCGCAGAACAUGUGAUGGUUAAGGUGGGGGGGUUUGCCCGGGGGGGGGGGGGGGGGGUGUGAAACUAGUCAGAGUCAAGAUCAAAGUCACAGUCAAAGAAUUUGUGCAAUUUGAACUUGAAAGAAAGUGCCCAACAAAAUUGUCUAAAUAACAACUGAAACAAGUACAGUUACAGAAUUUGUGCAUCUUUAACUUUUAAAAUAUUCAAAACCAACCUUUUUUUUCAUGACGUCAUAGUCAAGGCGGCAGGCGUGUGUUGCCUAUAGGCGGCCGCCUAAGCUGUGAAGUGCCGUGGGAAACCUUGCCAUCUCUUGCCUCUUUUUUUUAUCACCUUGGUCAAAUAAGGACUUUAUGCAUGUUUAAAAAGGACGUAAAAAAAACAACGAAUGAACCUGCCGAUGCAGUCUGUUUCAUGCGGUGUCAUGCUGUGGUACUUCAAUCAUCUUACUUCAUAAGUUCAACAAGUCGAGAAGCUAUAUUUUUUUAUUGUUUACAACCUUGAGUAAAUUCUUCACUGAUGAAAAAGCGAAUAUCCCUCCACUGUGCCUGGCUAUGGGCCUCAUUGAUUGUAAGAUAUUUAUUGAGUGUUUUCCGUCACUCUAAACACUGUUACACCUGUUCUUACUUUUAAUGUUUUAGGGUUUUUCAAACUUUAUGGAUCAACAUGUUUUAAAAUGUAUUCUUUGUGCGAUGCACCAAAGGAAUUUUACAAAGAAAGAUGCCUUCAUAUGGAAUGUACUAUAAUGUCAACCUUUAAGAAUCAAUCACACACAGGUCAACACUAUCCUCGGCUAUUGGAAGGUUUUUGGAUCACAUUGAGCUCCAGAUCUUUGGCCAUAAAUAACAAAGCCGAAGUGAGCGUUUUGGCCAAACAAGCAUGUUUGAAUGUGAACGCACCCAACUCACUCCGCUGCCUGCAGGACUUUUCUUUAUUUGAAGUGCGCCACCACAUAAAACCUCUGUUUCCUCUGGAAUAAGUGGAACCACUGCUUAUGUUCUGUGUACUUUGUCAAUAAAGCAGCCUUUUGUUUU